AUGUAUAGGUACAUGUAACAGUCUAUGAUAUCUUGGGAAUAUACUAUAUAUUCACAGCAUUAAGAUGGAUUGUGGAAGCUUGUUUAUUCACUUGAGUUUAUAUCUAAUAGUGACACAAUCAGGAGUAGCUAAUGGUAAGCAUAUUCCGGCAGCAAUUACACCGACGACGCCGACAACAACUUCAAUAACAACAACAACAACAACAACAACAACAAAAUCAACAACCACAGAAAAGAUAAGUUGCGGUAAAAACAAUAUUGGAAAUGUAAAUAAAUCGAACACAACCGAUAUUGGUGCUUUAGAACGCACAAAGAAGACUAGGGGUGGCAUAGAGCAAGAUGUAGUCAAUGGUGUUGACAAGUCGGACCAAGUUACAAGUAAUAGCAGCACAUCUAGGAAUACCACCAAAAGAUAUAGAGAACCAUGGGAGCUGAACUACAACAUUUGUCCCCCAUCACUCUGCAUUGCAAACGAAGAGCAAAGACCAAAAGGCACUGGUGGUUCCGUGUUUUACAACGGUGAUAUUGUAUUGGACAAGGAAUUAGCAAAGGUUAUUUAUAGUAACAUGACAUCUGCACGAUAUAAGAGAGCAACUACUCGGAAUCCUCGGACCUGGAGAAAUGCGAUUGUGCCAUACAUGUUUGCGAGUGACAUAGCGCCAUUGUCAGCAUCAGUAAUUAGCCAGGCCAUGAGAACUAUAGAACGAGAGACGUGUAUACGCUUUAAGAGGAGACAUUUAAGAGACGAAGAUUAUAUCAGAUUUAUAAGCGAACCUGGAUGUUGGUCUGCAGUUGGUAGGGUAGGUGGUGAGCAGAAGGUUUCUAUAGGACCGGAGUGUGAACGUCUGGGAAUAGCCAUACAUGAAAUAUUGCACGCGCUGGGUUUCUGGCACGAGCAGGCUCGACCCGACAGGGAUGGAUAUAUUCAAAUUAUAGAGGAAAACAUUGAUCCAAAAUACAUACCAGACUUUCAGCAGACGAACAAAAUGCUCGUGACGUCACGAGGGUUCCCAUACGACUAUCAGAGUAUAAUGCAUUAUGGGAAUAAGGCUUUCACAAAAUAUGGAGAAGACACAAUACAGGUGAGCAUCGGGAAAACAUUAAAGAUGACCAUAGGACAACGUGUAGCUCUCAGUAAUAUAGACAUUGCUCAACUCAGAGACAUGUACAACUGUUUCAAUAAGGAGACUUUCAAUACAUAUUGUCCAAAAGACUGGAUUAAACUCGGCAGAAAGUGUUACAAAUUUGAAGAUAAACAGGCUGAAACUUUUGCUGGGGCAGUAACAAAAUGUGAUGAAAUGAAAUCAAAACUAGUUCUUCCACAAGACGGUACAGAAGAAUUCAAUGUAAAACAGUAUAUCAAGAGAGCUUACCCAAACAUAAAAGUAUGGCGCACGGGUGAGCGUAUUGUGAACGGGUCUUUUGUCUGGUAUUCCGGGGAAGUCGGUGGCAAAAUAAAUUAUACAAACUGGAAUGACAGCUAUCCUGCAACAUAUAGCUCGUUUGCAUUGCUGAAUGGCACGAGAAAACGGCGGUCACAUCGACAAGGGGUGUGGAUCGAUGCGUUUCACGCAUGCCCUUAUAUAUGUGAGCAGAGAGCCAAACAUAAAUGUAUCCCAGGAAACUUUAAUGAUGGACGGGAUUACCGAGGAACACUUGACCACACUAUAGAUGGGUACACGUGCCAGAAAUGGUCUGCGCAGUAUCCCUGGUCACAUAGUCUUCUAUCGUUCCCGGACAAUGGUACAGAAAAUAAUCAGGACGGUUUAGGAAAUCAUAACUUCUGCAGAAAUCCCUCCGGUGACCGGAAGGAUAGACCCUGGUGUUACACCACUAAGAGUAAUUAUAAAUGGCAAUAUUGUGAUGUUAGCAUAUGCUCGAAGAAAGAAAGCAGCACUGUGUUAAAUCAUGUCAACAGUCAAGAUGGUAACUUAACAACGGAUCGAAACACUUACAAGACCUUUUCUGGAAAUCCAAAUAAUGGAAGAACACUUGAGAAAAGCCGUGGUGGUGGUAAAACAAUAAGAAACAUUCUAUUUAGAAAACAUAAUCCUGCAGUGAAGAUAAACAAAGCUAGAAAUUCACGAAACCCGUCCUUCCGAAGAGGGAAAUCGUCUUACAGACAGAAGAAUUCAAGAAGCGCGCAAAAAUAUUAUAAACGUUACAGUUCAAAUGCUGAUAGAAGGAAGUCAAAUAGAAGACGUCAACGUAAUACAAUUAAACGAAGAUUGAAAAUAAAUAAACACUAAUUAAAGACAAUAAUAUGUGAGCUUUUCAAAACAGCACACGACUUAGCCAUUACCACGCCAAAUAUCUAAAAUGAACCCGGCUAUCUUAACCAUUAUUCAGGUUGUUAGGAAAAAUUUUAAAUAUGUACUGACUGCAUAACAAGGCAUGCCAUGAUUAGUCGGCCAUUUUGCUCCUGGUCUGCACAGGUCGCAGCAGUAUUACAGGCUAUGUAUUUAUUUCGAAUCGACAAGGAAGAUAACUGUACUUGUUACAAUUUUGGACGAACUAUCUUUUACAUUAUUAAAAUAUAUAUGCAUGUAAAAAUGUCUUGGUGUUUUCAUUGUUUUUAAUUAUUUACAUGAGCAAUUAUCGCGUAUGAGUUGUAACAAAAUAUGACAGGAACUUGACGAAAUAAGGACGGAUUGACGCACGAACGGACGGGCUCGGAGUGGCACGUAAGGGUCUCCUAUUAGAAAGAACAUACCAUCAAAAGUAUAGUUUAAAAUAGCACCUCUUUGACAACUUAUUUUUUUAUGUAAAAUAAUUAACAAGUUGGAUUUAACAAUGUAUUGUAUAUAGUAAAACAAUAAACAAUCUAAUUCUAAUACACGCUAUCAUACAUUUAAUUUAUAUCUAUUAUAUAUAUAUAC